UUGGGAAAAACAUGCAUACGCGCAGUAAUGGUUUCAUAUUGUUCAGCUUUCAAUGCCAAUGAUUCAAAUCAAACCACAAACUACCCACGAAUCCUGCUGUUCUGAACCGAGUAUGCUGGUCCAGGAUAAUAAAAAGUGUUUUCGUACGUUAAUGAGACUCAGAAUAAGAAUACUUCAUCCCAGAACUGGGUCCAACAUCUACGUAAUUGGAGUGCUGAUUUAACAUAGGAUUAAAAAUGUAUGAUUCAAAUUUUUCUUUUUUCUCAAAUUGUGUCAAUAUCCUGCACCGUUCGUGAAAUGUAAUUCGUGAACUUUACUUUGUAUCCGCGUAACAUCAGAAGUACAGCUUAAAUGCUUUCCGGUGUUGAAUAUUGCAGGAGUGCAUAUUUCGAGUUCGCAAGCAUUGAAGUGAGAAAAGGGUAUUCUGCCAUCCUGAGUAUUUCCCUGUUAUACCGGUUUCUUUUUGUACAGGUGAAUCCCAAGUUUUCUGAUUGUUGAUUGCAUUAUUGUGAAUUUAAUUUUCCAUCUCAUGAUUAUUGCAAUGUACUACUGCCAGGAUUUUUAUCGCUUUCUUGUCAGUAAUCAUCUUUACAGCAGAGAUUUUCCUGACGCGGGUGUACUUUCUUGCUGUCCCGAUGCGACCAAAACCCAUGGGAAAACUUACUUGUGUUUCUGGUGUCUCCGUCGCCAUAUUGCUUUAAAAAGGGUCUGAAAGGCAACUGAGUUUUCAUAGAAACUAUCAACGGAUAUAUUUAUAUAUUUUUUCAUCUCUAGGCUUAAUUUCGUGCAUUCCCUUUGAACGAUGUCGUUCUUGAAGAAAAAUUUUUUGUGAAUGGUUUCUCUAUCAGGAAAUAUUUUAGCAUUCGAGAUUCCAUUUUAUCGAAGUUCGUUUUACAAAAUAGCAAGGCAUGUCACAAAAUACAUCCUUGAAGUUGCAUGCCAAAUUCUAUCUUUACCCAUAACAAUACAUGGUUAUGGGACGUAAUCGAAUAACUGUAUACGAAGAAGGCGAAAUAAUCAGCAAUAUAUUUGAGUAUAUUUUUAAUUCAGCGGGUCCCCGAAGAACUGUACUCAGACGUUGCCACACGCGCUAGAACUGUAAUUUCUGAAUAAUUCAUAACCCAGCUUACGUAUGCUACAUCUGUAUAUUUUACUGCAGAAAAACAGUCAAAUGAUUGCGGGAAAUACGAAAAAGUGGUAGAAAGAAAAUAAUUUCGAAAAUUUUAAAUAGAAGCAUAUAUGAGGGCUGCGGGGUGAGCUGCAAUGACUCCAAGAACAUCUUUGGGAGUCCUGAAGAUCCAUCUCUGGAAACACUUUGACAACAAGUUCUGUGAAUGUCAAGCCUUCCAGUUUUGUCUCAAAACUAUUUUUUCAUAACUGUUCAAUAGUCGAGAGGAAAACGGGUUUAAACCCACAUAAAUACAGUAUAAAUUUCAAUACACACGAUUUUUCAUGGACUGAUUUUUAAAAUUGUGGUACCCCUGAAUUUUCAAAAAUGACUCAGGAAACAGCCAAAUUAAAGGUAAUUAUUUUCUGAAAUGAUCCGAUUUACUCAUGGUUAAAAGAAUAUUCUAGAUCAGCAAAUGUAGAUCAAUAAAUAAAUGUGCUAGAAAAAGUUGAAUCGUGCAUCGUGAGUACUAUUUUGUAUUCGAAGAGUUUUUCAAAGUUUUGUAGCUAAAUGGGCCAGCCAGUAUAGAUAUUCCGACUUAUUAUAAAAUUCUGAAGAAAAUUAGUGUUCGGCUUUUUUAAAAAUCUAUGUAAAUUUUUCACCGCAAAUAUUUACAGAAUGGUGAAUUAAGAAUGAAUGAAGGAUUUCGUUAGCGAAAAAUCUUCUGCUUUUGUUCGUCAAUUUUGCUUUUUGUUCGUAAAGGAAAUGAAGCGACAACGUUGUCUGUAUGGGGAUUCAUUGGCCUUUAUUGAAAGUCCAGUCUGACAAAGCGGAAAUGUUUUUAAAAACAUCAAUUUCCACCAUGAGAGCAUGGAAGUACACCUAGAAAACUGAAUUUUGUCAUCAGUUCACUACCGCAACGAAGCUGCCGUACCCGUGCGCUGAGGCACACCGGCGCGAUUGGGCCCGGGCGCUGUUUUCCUGGCUCCGCUUUCUGGGCGCGGUUUUGGGGGCGCUGUGCCUCACCACCUUUACCAAACGCCUUGCCCAAGUGAUCCUCACUGUCUUCGCGAGUGUUGUCCCACCGAGUUGCCAUCAUUCGUGAAAAAAAUGAAUAAGGUUGUGCGCGAAGUGGAUCACUCACAAAAAUUCACGAUGGAUGUACUCAAACCAGUGCACAUUCAGCUUUACCCCUUCCGUUCCAUUCAAGAAGUACUACUUCAAAAAUACAUUCUUAAAAAAUACCUGCUCUCUUCUUGGCUGUACUAGUGUAAUACUGCGAAAGUUCGUCCAAACGUAAUACAGUAAUUGCAAAAAGUGAACUUGCCGUUUUCAUGCGGACGACCCGCGCAUUCAAAAUCAUUUUAAAUUCAUAUUCAUUUUCUGCUACCGAAUUUUUUGCUGAUUAAAUUCUCCAACAGUGGACUAAAUUUAGAUCUUCUUGCAGUUUUAUGGACCCCUUAUUCAGGAGAACUUUGAAUAUCCACUAUUUGAUUACCGGUGCCGAAAUUAAGAUUUUUCGAUCAGAAACACAGUUAUAAUUGUAUUUGUCAGCCGCUUUAGGUUCCCUGAUUGAUGGGAAUUCCAUAUUAAAAUACGUGUCAGAUUAAAACCCCUCAACGCAUAAAUAACUUUUUAAAUCGGAAUUUUCAUCAUUCAUUCAAAAUUUCAUUAUCCGCAUUUUCUUAAUUCUUGAUAUUGUACUAUAAAUGACGAUAUCGCCAGCGAAUGAUCAGAGUUCUCCUACAAUCCGAUCCUUGAGUGCAUGGAAGAACUGCCUAGGAAACGAGCUUGAGAUCAUUCACGUCAAAAUAUUCUAUUGCCGAAUCCUGAAAGAAAUCAAAAUUGCAAUGCAAUUAAGAAUUUAAUGCAUCCGAGUAUACACGAUUGGUAUUUCCAUAACUGCAUCUUCUUCAACGCGGCGUCCCGCUGAAAAUUAUUUUCUAGAUUGUGAAAAGUUCACCUUGUUCACAUACUCACUGUGUCAUUGGUUGAACGAUGCGGAAAGCAAUGCAAGCAGUGUUCCGCAUUGCGUGAUGUUUUGUGUCGCCCCCGUGAAACUAUAAUAAUUCGUUUCUGCAAUCAGAUCAAAAUAUCCUUCAAAUUAAAUAAACGUCAUAUGAAACUUCGGCGGGGAACGUAGAAGUACUGCAGUGCGUGCACAAAAUCAUCGUCCUUCAAUUUGCGUGUAACGUAAGAGCGGCCUUGUUUAUGCGAACCGUAUUCAUGUGCAUCGAGUCUUUUUUAUUUACCUCUCACUUUCAUGAUGAAUGCAAGUUGACUCCUCGUCAAAAUUUAUUCCAGUUUUAGACUUGAGAUAUGGCUCAUGACACACCUACCUCAUCCAUGGUGUAGCAAACUCAAGAUUUCAUCAAGUGCAUAUCAUAUCACUAUCGAGUUAUAGCGGAAAGAUUCAACGAACCCUGAAAGGAAUUUCCACCAGCGAAUUCGAUUGUGCAGUGCUGCAACCUUACAGGGAUUGAUGGAGCCGCCUUCCGAGCGCCGCCGCUGCUGGCGAGUCGUGAAUCUAGACGGACUCUGUCAGGCUAUGGUUGCGAUUUUCAUUUUCUGGUCAACGAAAAAUUCAGGUUCGGUGGCGCUAAAGCUGCGACAGUUGAAUGUUCCCGACUAUGCUAUCACUGGGGAGACAGCUACGCUGGAGUGCAAUUACGACCUAGGCCGAGAAGCUCUAUACGUGGUGAAAUGGUUCAAAGAUACCGAAGAGUUCUAUCGAUAUAUGCCUGGCAUUGCCAAAGCGACGCAAACUUUCAAUCUUCCCGGGGUUCAAGUUGACGUGGCCUCAUCGAACGACAAGAGAGUCGUUUUGCGGAACAUAUCGUUGAAAUCAGCCGGGAAAUAUCGAUGCGAAGUGUCAGCUGAUGCUCCUUCUUUCCACACUAUCCGGGAAAGCGCACCCAUGCGUGUUUACGAUCUUCCUGACUCUGACCCAGUUUUAUCCGGGACUGGAGCCGGUGGUAUGCGGUACACCAUCUCGAAGUACGAGUGGAUAAUAUUUAACUGCACUUCCCACGGCUCAUAUCCUGCUGCUAACUUGACCUGGCAGGUCAACGGGAAGCCGAGCGUGCGGAGAGACGAUUUGCAAGUUUCCUGCCUGCGAGGAUCGAGUGGGAUGGUGGUGAAACUGGGACCGCGUGGGGGAGACGAGGGUGCCGGACAUGACCAGCACAUUCAAUUCACCUUGAACGAAAACACGGGCCCGAUUAAUCCGGGAAUGACUUCUCGUCGUCCCCAGCCGACGGUGGUAACGAGCAGAAAAGUCAUGCGACGCGCUCCCGCAGGUCCCGCCGCAGAUGAGAUUAUUUUCCCAUCAGAACCCGUGCAACACGUGGAACCGCGUGUGCAUCUCAAGGGGAUUUCGAGAGUUGCCCGGGUGAUGGGCGGGUUUCCUGCCCACCAGAGGCAGACAUCAAAUGAUGAAUCGCGAUUACCAUCGGGCGAGUCUGUGUCCGAGGAAAAUUUUGCGCCGGCACUCCCAGCGUCACACGCCGUCAUUCUGAUGCGGGUGGAUAGCACGAUGAGCGUGUCCGACUUCCCGAUCGUGCAAGAGAAGACCGGCACGUUCACGACGAUCAAGCAGUUGAAAUUCUCUGCCCAGCCCCAGCACGUCAAGGACGGUGAAAUCAAGAUCAAGUGCAUUUCGCGCAUCUCAGCUCCUGGUUCCGCGAACUUGUACUACAAGUCGCAAGUGAAAACUUUGCUCGCCCCGUCGGAGCUCAAGCGAUCUAAUGCGGUCUUGAAUGGCAAUUCGCCGCGGAAACCGUGGGAUGUGCUACGUCGUCUGGUCGGCGGUCAAGGCAAGAACUUUACGCGUGGCCCCGAGGCUUCUGAGGGGAUCAAGACCGCAGUGAAGCCAGGCAGACGAGAUAGGAGGGGGGGAAAAAAGCGGGAAACCAGCAGCGAAGUCGCCAAUUUCGACGCAUCGUGUCCCUGGGCCAGUGUUCCGUGCUUUGAAACGGGGUUCCGUUCAGAUGAAAUCUUCCACUCCGCUGUCGGGGAAUCCGCCGACGGUUUGUUUUAUUCCGUCGAGGAAACCAAUUCGGACAAUGGUGAUGUGGAAUUGAAUGCCCCUUGGGCAUGUAUCUUGUCCACGGAAGUAGAUUCCGAGCGGAGACGGGUGUGA